UGAUUUUUUUUAAAGUGACGUAUGCAGAGCUGCAGUUUGUGUGUGUGUGUGUGUGUGUGUUGGUCCCUGCAUAGGUCAAGUGUAGUAUUUGUUGAGAUUGUCAGUGAUUCCACCCUACAAGAUGGAAAACCUGAUCCCACCUCUCCGUUUCACACCAACACUCUCAGAAUCCCCUUGGAACACCUUCGACCCGCCACAGUCAAUUGAGCAGCGUCACGUUUCCUUUAGGAUGCUGCACACACACACACACACACACACACACACGCGCGAGCGCGCCCUCAGCCCAACUCGGAGACGUAACCUGCAACCAUCAUGAAAUAUAGAUCGCCCCGAGAGAGAGAGAGAGAGAGAGAGCAGCUCUUGUUACACGUCACGAGUUGCCAGACUCCUGGAGCAGGUCUCCUCGUGGCCUCUCAUGUUUUCAUUAGACUUCUUGGAGAAACACAACACUGGUAGAAGAGCAGUCUCCUCUGUUCUCAGCUGACCCCCUCGAUGUUUACGUUCUGUUUAAAAAAAGAACCACUCUGUCACUUGCCUGUGUGAAACGGCUUCCGUCGGUGUUCCGGGGUCGCCCACCUGAGUGGAAGCUUCCAGCCGACGGCGAGACGUCUUCACAGUUCGGCUCUCGCCUGCUCCCACGUGGAGAGCACAAGAAGCCCGUCGCGUGAACCUUCUCGCCACCCUGCGUUUUAAUCGCCAACGUGACUCCUGUUGGAGUCGAUCCAGCUCGUUUGAUUUCUCUGCGGCGGGUGACUUGGAGCACACGGCUCCACAUCACAAGGUUUAGGAAGCAUACACACUUCACCGACUGACUUGGCGUGUUUCUCCCCGCCUGAAACGGCGUCGUGUUUCUACAGUGCGUCGGGCACAUCGAGUCUCGAGAGGCGAUGAACGAAUGCUUCCUAGAAUUUCAAUAACUUCAAGGCAUUUGAAGACGGCGCCGUGAGCAUUUGCUCACCAUCGUUGGCCGUGAUAGAUCACUCUAUAAUGAACAUAUUCAGUCGUUGCACCGCUGCGUUGGAGAUUAAUUUGGCCAAUCAAAGCGCUGAUGUACUUUACAUGGAAACGAAGCGUUGAAAAUGAACUGCAGUGAUUGGCUUGAAGUACCUCAAGUUUAAACGGAGGGCAGGCAGCUCGUGUGUCAUUCAAAUGCUGGAAAUAGUGACUUAUCUCAUGUUCUGAAUGCAGAACAGAAGAGUCCGCCAGGUUGUCCCCAGUGUCUGUCUGAUCUCGACAACGACUCCCUGCUCUAUUUAAAAACCAAAGAACCUGAGCGCAAGGCCCGAGUGAUAUGGGACAUUAUAAUUAUUUUAAUCCUCCUGUUACCUUUAGGGUCAAUUUGACCCCAUUCAAUGUUUAACGUCGGAUGUUCUUUGGGGUCAAUUUGACCCCAGGCUGUUUUUCACUGUGUCAAACAUAUAAGAAAUAUCAACUUUCUUAUAUAUUUAAAGGGCUAUUUAGGUCGUCAACAAACAAACAUAAAGUACCUCACACUUAAACUUGGGAAACAAUAUUAAUUCUAAUAAUUUUCUGGAGGUUUUAAUUGCUGGGGUCAAAUUGACCCCGAGGGUAAAAUAUGUUAGUAAAUGUGAAGGUAACAGGAGGGUUAAAUGACAUGAUUUGGGGUCAGAAAUGUAGCUUCAAAACCCUCCUUACACAAUAUAUAUAUAAUAUACUCUCAGGAUUCAUAGACAUUGAAGAGAAAACAGCUGUAUGCGCGUCUGUCGUCUCGCCUCUGUUCCCUAAAUACUCUUCAGCAAGCCAGAGUGUAUUUUGGGAACUCUGUGAAUGUGUGGUUUUGUAAAAAAGUGUGUCCGGGAAAAGUACGCAGACCAUUUACUUCCUUUACACAAAUAACAACCCAGCACAUCACAGCUAAUCCUGUGUAUGAUGUGUCAUUGGGAAAUAGCAUGUGAUGUGUGUGUGUGUGUGUUUGCCUGUGUGUUCACUGGUGUCGGCAUCCCACUGAGCGACGGUGAGAGGGUUUUGAGGAUCUGCCGGUUUCUUUUCUUCUCACCACCUUCUGCACGUCUAAGAUGCCCUAGACGGGGAGAAGGGAAAUGUAAAUGGCUUCCAAAGUAAAAGAUGCCGUGGUGUGGUACCAGAAAAAGAUUGGCGCCUAUGACCAACAGAUAUGGGAGAAGUCCGUGGAGCAGCGGGAAAUAAAGUUUAUUUCUCUGGGCUUCAGGAACAAGCCGAAGAAGACGGGACACGUCAAGCCGGACCUCAUCGACGUGGAUUUGGUUCGAGGUUCUGCGUUUGCGAAGGCCAAACCGGAGAGUCCGUGGACGUCCCUGACCCGGAAGGGCAUCGUCAGAGUCGUCUUCUUCCCGUUCUUUUAUCGAUGGUGGAUCCAGGUUACCUCCAGAACCAUUUUCCUCUUGCUGCUGGUUCUCUAUCUGCUGCAAGUUGCAGCAGCAGCCCUGUACGCGAGCAUCCCUCAGCCUCACGGGAUACCGACCACCGAGGUGUUCGGAGCCGUGUGGCUCAUGCUGCUGCUCGGCACCGUCCACUGUCAGAUCGUCUCCACCCGGACCCCGAAGCUGGUCUCCAGCAGCGGGGCCAAGAGACGCAGGAAGUUGAGGAAGGCAUCUCAGAUGGAGGUGCAUAGGGAAGGCGACGGGUCUAGCACUACCGAUAACACACAGGAGGGGGCGCCACACUCCCACUCAGCCAGCGGCACAUACAGCCUGGGCACUCUCUUCCAAGAUUUCUGGCAUGAUAUCUGUAAAGCUGGAUCUAAGAAGUCCAAACUGUCGAUCGACAAGUCGACCGAGACGGACAACGGCUACGUCUCGCUGGACGGCCGCGUGACGAACCGCAGCAGCGAGGAGGGGCUCCAGCUCCCCGAGCCGCGGUGCGAUGUGCCGACCGGGGCCGACGAGGCGCGCUGGAACGCUCCCGUCGAGCCCGCGCACGCUCACCCCCCCGUCGGCACGGGGCUGCUGCUCGCCAGCGUCGCCAAGGAGCCGGCGUCGGACGAGGCGUCCAGCGAGGAGGACCCCGAGGCGUCCUACAGCGCCCUCCGCAGGGGAGUCGAGAGAAUGAACAGCGACUCGACGCUCAGACACCGGAAGAAUACUCACCACCACAAGAAGCACUUUGCGGUGGAGGAAGUUCCCAAGUCUGGCACCAGCUGCAGCUCCAGAUGUUCCAGUCUGAGGACUCAGGACUCGGAGAGCACUCGCCACGAGUCUGAGCCGGAGGACCUGCUGUGGGAAGACUUCCUGCACUGUGCCGAGUGCAGGUCGUCCUGCACGUCCGAGACAGAGGGCGAAGGAGGAGGGACGCCCGUCUGCCCGGCGGCUAAAAAGGAAUAUAGAGACGACCCUUUCCAUCAGGGUCAAGCUCCCUGGCUGCACAGCUCCAGUCCCGGUCUGGAGAGGGUGAGCGCCAUCGUGUGGGAGGGCAACGAGUGCAAGAAGGCCGACAUGUCCGUUCUGGAGAUCAGCGGGAUGAUCAUGAAACGAGUGAAUCUCUACAACCCUGGUAUUGGUUACCAGGUCUUUGGGAACCUGGUUUCAGUGACGCUCGGCCUCACACCGUUUGUGUACAGGCUGGCUCAGUACAGUGACUUUGAUCAGCUGACCACGCUCUCAGCCAAUGAGCUGCUGUCUGUGGUGCUGGGAGGCGGGACCGGAUCAGACGCCUUGGUCAUCACCAUGGUAACGCUCAGCUUCCUGGUCCGCGUUUGCCUCAUAUGGCUCUUCUUCUUCCUGCUCAGUGUCGCGGAGAGGACCUACAAACAGAGGCUCCUGUUUGCCAAGCUGUUUGGUCACCUGACUUCAGGCCGCAGGGCCAGGAAGUCUGAAGUCCCCCAUUUCAGACUGAAGAAAGUUCAGAACAUCAAGAUGUGGCUGUCGCUACGCUCCUACCUCAAGAGACGGGGUCCUCAGCGCUCCGUGGAUGUGAUCGUGUCGUCUGCCUUCCUCCUCACGCUGUCCGUCGUCUUCAUCUGCUGUGCCCAGCUGCUCCACAUCCACGACACGUUCCUGGAGUGUCACUACAACUGGGAGCUGGUGAUCUGGUGCUCCAGCCUGUCUCUGUUCCUGCUCCGCUUCGUCACUCUGGGCGCCGAGACCAGCAAGAAGUACAGCAACACCUCCAUCCUGCUCACGGAACAGAUCAACCUGUACCUGAAGAUGGAGAAGAAGCCAAAUAAGAAGGAGGAUCUGACGCUGGUCAACAACGUCUUAAAACUGGCGACCAAACUACUCAAGGAGCUGGAUGCUCCUUUCAGGCUGUACGGUCUGACCAUGAACCCGCUGCUCUACAACAUCACCCAGGUGGUCAUCCUGUCCGCCGUGUCGGGAGUCAUAUCCGACCUGCUAGGAUUUAACCUGAAGCUGUGGAAGAUUAAAUCGUGACAGUGAACGGAGAGCGAGCGUCGGCCUUCACUCCCGGACCGACUCACUGGACGCUCGUCUGACUGACUUCACGGCCGACCGACUGAGAGACGGAGCGUCUCGACACAUCGGAGUGUUUUCACCUUCACUUCGUGCAAUUCAAAAACUAUUUAUUUACCCACUCAGUGUUUUCUACUUGGGGUUUAUUUGAAUUGUAUGGCACAAACAAUGCUAUAUUUUACCUGUCUACAAAAAGUGUUAGUAUUAUUAUAAUUAGCAUACGUUUCUUUUUUAUGUGAUGUUUGAACAGUUCAGUUUUCAUUUCAGCUCAUUCGCAUAUUUAAAAGGCAAAGUAUCGAGCUUCAUGUUAUUGUAAGUUUUUGUGUUUUAGUUGCUUCAACUUAAAGUUAUUAUUUAUGUUGAGUUCGUUUUAAAACAGAAUUUCAAACUGUUACAACCUUGAAACCUAUUUUAAGAAUACACACGUUGUUACUCUGACGGUUUUCUUUCUGACGAAAAAGAAAUUUGAUGGAAGAUGAGUCGCUAGUUGAUUUACAACUUAAUUAUUCAAUCUGAAUAAAUAAUACAAAUAAUCUUCAGAUGCACACAGAGCAAAUCCUCAAAACAAUCACAACGAUACUUUAUUAUCUCAAACUGCUUUGUUGAAAGCACCGGUCCACGAACAUUAAAGUCACAUCUGCUGUGAUUCCUGAGAUUUCACAAAUAACAUAUAUUCCCUAUUGUUGGCAGCUCCCAAAAAUACCUGUUACUUCAGUUAAUCGACGUUAUUUCAAUGUCUAUUUUAAUACGUUCUGUAUUCAACGUUUUUAAUUUGCUGACUUACCUGAGAACAUUGUUUCCGGGUUUGGUUGUCACUGGAGGUCACAUGACAUCAGCAACGCACAGAAACAAUCAUCCAGUUCAUGGAAAUGACAAACAAUAAGUGACAUCAACAGAAACCUAUAUUUAUGUUAAGACCUUUCAUAUUAUUAUUUUAGUGAGUGCAAUGUCACGACCCGUAUCAAUGGAUUUGAUAGUAUUUCUAAUAACACAUGUACGCUGUCACGUGUCCUCAGGCUGAGAGUAGCCGAGGUAAAUGACCCACACAGAAUCCAACUCCACAUUCUUAAAUUAAGAAACAUUUAAUAUUGCUGAAAAAGGAGGAUUUAUUUUUGAAUCGUUGAAGGCUCAAAUGUAGUUUCUCACCAGAGGUCAAUAAAAUGUCUGACUUCGGACAUUUCUUCAAUCUCAAAUCCAGUUUCUAAACUCAGUGGACGGGACGCAGAACUUGAGCUCGCUGGAAAUUGGUGCGCAUGCGCAAAGGGCGUCAGCCUCCUCGCCGCCACGUGUUUCUGAACACUGCAGUUUAACUCUGAAGGCGAUUGAAGAGAAACACUUUACAACCCGAUUCAACUUGGAAGAAUAUACAUAAUAUACAUCUCGUCUCAAUGUCAGGAUUUAUUCUGUGUGCGCCUCACCGGCGUGACGUGUGCAGAAUUUAUGAAAACGUUGACAUUUCACGUCACUCUGAAGUACCUCGUGGUACAUGACGUCUUCAUAACAGAUAUUAUCUUAAAUGUGAUUGACAUGCUUUCGUUCACGAGUUGGCAUUUUGCUGAAACUGACUUCAUUCAUAAAAAUGCUGUCAUCGUCGUGUUUGAGGGAGAAGACCAAAGUGCUUGUUUUACUCUAGUUUGUGUUUGUCUCUGCUGGAAGAAAACGGUGAAUGUAUUUGCAGCAUUAUGCUUUAAAAUAUGUUUGUUUUCCUUUGGAAAUACAUUUUAAGUUGUAUUGUUUUCUCCUCUGCGUUGUGCUCUUUGUUCCGUCCCUUUUCAUCUGUGCAGGUUGUUUUCUCGUUGGACCGCAGAGGCGGGAUGUACUGUACGGCGCAUGCGUACACGAUGAAUCUAGUAAAGGACUCUUAGGUUGAGAUUCUGUUUUCAGAGUCUACUUUUUUUUGUUGUGAACUGGUUUGUCCACAAGGUCGACAUUUUAUAAUAAAAAAUAAAAUAAAUGGAUGUUGA